UUUUGCCUGCUUGUCUUUACUCUUGCUGGCGAGUGCAUCUGUCCUGUGACGGAAGCAUUCCUGCGCUGGCAUCAGAAGCCUGCUCUUGGGGCUUCCAACAUAGACUGAAGACCAGCAGGAACGCUCCAGGCCUUCUGAGCCAGGCUGGACUGCUAAGACACCCAACCUUACAGACUAGUCGACUGACUACAGGCUUCAAUUGUUGGACCACUGGGACCAUAUCAUUGAACAGCAAAAGUGACUAGAACCCGCAGCAGAGCCAGCGUGGCCUGAGAAAGACUUGACACUCCACGGUCCACUGCAUGGAAUGAAGGCCACGGGUAGAAAAUGGCGGCAAAGCCUCUAAGAACAGCUCUGUCUUUGCUCUUCUUUGCCCUCUCGGGGGUCCUGGGGAAACCAGAAGUCUCGUGCAGAAAUGAAGACGGUGAAGCUGUGGACUGGUUUACCUUUUAUAAGUUACCCAAAAGGGCUGGCAAGCAAAGUCAAGAGGAGGGCCUGCAGUACCUAUACCUGGACUCCACAAUGCAGACCUGGAGCAAGAGCCACCACCCGAUUAACAGCAGCAGGAGCGCGCUGGGACGGACCUUAGAGCACCUGUAUGAAGCACAUAACUCCAAGAACGACACUGCCUAUCUAAUAUACAAUGAUGGCGUCCCUGCAUCCGUGAAUUACAGCAGACAGUAUGGACAUUCCAAAGGUCUGCUGGUAUGGAACAGAAUGCAGGGGUUCUGGCUGAUACAUUCUGUCCCCAAGUUUCCCCCAGUUCCAGAACAUGGCUAUGACUAUCCAACCUCGGGGAAGCGAUAUGCACAAAGCGGCAUCUGCAUCACUUUCAAAUACAGCCAGUAUGAGACAAUAGAUUCUCAGCUUUUGGUCUUCCAACCAAAUAUCUACAGCUGUUUCAUCCCAAACACCUUUCACUGGGAACUCAUCCACAUGCCCCAGAUGUGUGCCAAGUCCAGUUCCUCAAAGAUCCCUAGGCGGCGCCUCGGCAUACUUCAGUCAGCCCACGGUCUAAACUUUGUCCAUUUUGCGAAAUCGGAUUCUUAUAUUGAUGAUAUCGUUACAGCCUGGAUAGCUCAAAGGUUGAAGACACAUUUGCUAGCAGAAACAUGGCAGAGAAAGAACCAGGAGCUCCCUUCAAACUGCUCCCUGCCUUACCACGUCUACAACAUCAAGGCCAUUGAAGUAACUCCCCAGUCUUACUUCAGUUCUCACUACGACCAUUCCAAAUGGUGCAUUUCCACAAAGAGCUCGGCAAAUCGCUGGACCUGUAUUGGAGACCUAAAUCGAAGCCCACACCAAGCUUUGAGAGGUGGAGGAUUCAUCUGCACGAAGAAUCGGUACAUUUACCAAUCAUUUCAUAAAUUAGUUCAACAUUAUGGCUUCUGUAACUAAGCUUGGGGAAAGGUCACACCCACUGUCCUUGAAAACACUGGCACUGAAACAUGUCACCUUGGAUCUAUUCUCCAUAUGUUAAAGACUUUUGAGUGUGCACAACAUAGCAUCCAGUAAAACACUGUGGGUCCACAUUUACCAUUAUAUGUUCAAAUUAGGAGAAAUCGAAGUCAUCUGUAUUUAUCAAAUUAGAAAUCCAAAUCAUGAUAUAUAAGUAAUAACACAGGAACAGAAUAAAAUAUUUUCUUCCAGUUUCAUCACCUUCAGUGUUCUGUCUUGUGGAUUAAAUGCCACCUCUCACAAAGCAACCCUGCAGCUGUCCUGUUUGAAGAAAAUAGAGGUGCUCCCUCCCUCUCUCCCUCCUUUUUCAUACUAUUUGGCCACUUGAUCAUAUUCCCCAUAAAGUUCCUCCCCACACUGCUUUAUAGUUUAGUCUUGUCACCUUUGUAAGUGCUCUUUACUGCUAGUAUAUUCUUGAGCUGCUCACUUGAGUUCUCUUGCAAUUGUUUUUCAACUAUAACCUACAACAGGGAGAUCAUAGCUAAGCAUGAUAUGAGUCAGAAAUCGCAAGAGUUGGCUGCUUAGUAGACUGUGGGUGUGAGUUCCAAGUUCAAAAGCUUAGAGUCAUGCAAAAGUCACCAGACAGGGGCUGGACCCUGCGCUUAGUGACUGUGAAGCGUCCAGUCCACAUUCAUGAUCAGCUCUCAUUUAAUUUUCAUAGCGAUUCUUUUCAGUGAUAAGUUUCAUUGUCCCCAUUUUACUGACAAGUCAACAGAGGCUUACAGAACUUCAAACACUUGCCUAGUAUAAUAGGGGUCUAUUUGGCCUCGGAAGCUGUGCUCGUAACUGAGAUUCCAGAAGACAAUAAAAGAAGUGAAUAAAUAUAGGAUUGUAACUA